CCUCCGUCCUGCUCUUCCCCUCCUUCUAUUCCGACCCUCAUCAACCCCAGGAGGAACAUUGCCUGUUCUUUCCUAGCCCGGCACCCCAUCCACUGCUGUCAUACCUGAGCUGUGACAUGACCAUCCGUCCCAUGAAGUUCACCCCGGAGGUUCUGCUCGGAGCUCCGAGACGCUCUGGACCAGUUCCGAAUGCCUCAGGCACCCUCGCGGUCUACACCCAGACCACCUACUCCUUCGAGUCCCACUCCAAGACCAAUGAGAUCCGUGUUCUGGAUAUCGCGACCGGCCGAUCUGCCCUGAUCACAAACGAUGCGGGUUCCAGCUCUCCACAGUGGCUGGGGGAUAGCGACCAGCUGGUCUGGCUGAAGGCCAAAGCCAACGGCAACACCGGGUUCAUUGUGGGCGAUGCGCGCGAGGCGGAUAAAACAUACACGGCGGGCACCGUCCCUGGACCCGUCUCGGAUCUCAAGGUCACUCUCAUCGAGCCGGGAAAGAUCGGCUUCGCCGUGACCGGCAAGGCCAACCCGGACGGGACGCUCCACAACCCGCAUGACGCAAAGAAGCCGGUGACCACGGGCCGGCUGUUUACAUCACUCUACGUGAGACACUGGGAUUCGUACAUUGAGCCUCAGAAGAAUGCCAUCUGGUAUGGUCUGCUUCAACGUGCCCCUCUAUCUCCGGCUACCAGACAUGCGGGGAAAUACUCCGUGUCGGGGCUUACGAACCUGAUCUCGGUGAGCGGCCUGACGGGCGUCGAGGCCCCUAUUCCACCAUUCGGAGGGACAGGCGACUUUGACAUUAGCCCGUCGGCGAUUGUGUUUGUGGCUAAGGAUCCGGAUCUCAAUCCUGCCACGCACACCUCCUGCUCGUGUUACUACUGUCCAAUGUUUUCCUGGACCGGCGUGACUGCGUUGGAGGCCAAAGUCUGCGCUGUGAAGGGCCUUGAAGGGGCCAUGUCUUCCCCGAUCCUGACAUCAGACGGUAGCUCAAUUGCUCUCCUCGCCAUGCGCGAAGACGGCUACGAGUCCGACAAGAGAUGUAUCCUAUACGUGCCGAACCCUUGGAGUGGCGAGAUGAUUGAGGUUUUUGCCUCUCCUGAUGGAGAAGGCUUAUGGAAUCUGAGUCCUUCUGGACUGGUAUUUUCAAAUGAUGACCACUCUUUGUUCAUUCAAGUCGAAGAGAACGGGCGUGGGGUGUUGUAUCAGCUACCUGUCGCCGACAUCCGCCAUGCAACCCCUGACAAAUUGAAGAAAAUCACCCAUUCAGGCUUCGUCUCUGAUGUCUUUCCCGCCUCCUCCACAUCGUCUAAGUUGCUUAUCUCCAGCACGAGCUUGGUGGACAACAGCGUUUGGUCAAUUAUUGAUCCCGAGUCCCCAUCUGAUGUGCGCGUCAUAUCCUCAGUCGGUCGCAACGGUGCUUCCUUUGGGCUCUCUCCCACGCAGGUGGAUGAGAUAUGGUACCGGGGAGCGAACGACACCCCGGUUCACGCCUGGGUUGUGAAGCCAUCCAACUUUAAGCCGGGCGAGAAAUAUCCGUUGGCCUACCUGAUCCAUGGCGGACCCCAAGGUGCAUGGUGUGAUCAAUGGAGUACGCGGUGGAAUCCAGCCGUGUUCGCCGAGCAGGGCUACGUUGUCAUUACGCCCAACCCCCGAGGCAGCACGAGUUACGGACAGAAAUUCACCGACGAAAUUCGGGGCUGUUACGGCGGACUGCCCUACAUUGACCUUGAGAAGGGAUUCGAUUACAUCGAGAACAACCUGGAGUACGUCGACACAUCCCGCGCGGUGGCGCUCGGUGCCUCGUAUGGCGGCUACAUGGUCAACUGGAUCCAAGGACACCCACUUGGCCGGCGAUUCAAAGCCCUGGUGACGCAUGAUGGGAUUUUCAGCAUGACGUCGAUGCUGUCCACCGAAGAGCUCUACUUCCCGGUGCGGGAUCUUCAGGGUCCGCUGUGGAAGGUGCCGGAGAAUUGGGCGCGCUGGGACCCAUCGCGACACACGGCAAACUGGCAAACGCCGCACCUGGUGAUCCACAAUGAGCUGGACUACCGACUGCCCAUCGCCGAGGGACUUGCCGCAUUCAACGUGUUGCAGAUGCGCGGGGUCGAGAGCGCCUUUUUAACUUUCCCGGAUGAGAAUCACUGGGUGCUGAACCCGGAGAACUCGCUCAUGUGGCACCACACGGUGCUCAACUGGAUCAACAAGUAUGUGGGACUGCCCCCGGCAUCCAAGGAAUUUGCCGAGUUCAGCGCGACCAAGCAACCGUCGAUGGAGCGACGACUGCAGCAUGUUGCGUUGGAUGCUUAGAUAGUGACUAUCAGAUGAUACGGGCCGUGUUAUGUGCGCAUUGUCCCUAGUCUGAAUUCUUUGUGGGAGGGACAACGCGAGAAGCUUUGGUUGUCACGUCUUUUUCCGUCCUUUUGUAGUUGCUCGAAUGACCAUGCCUGAUAAUGGGAUCGUAGACUG